UACAGAAAUGCAGGCUCUGCUGAUGCUGUUUCAGGCCAAAGAUGAAGAAAUAGUAGUCAUCUGAGCUUGUAUUUGAUUGCAGAGUGAGAGUUGACAAGCAAAAUUGGAGAAGCUUUCUGUGCUCUUCAGUGCUUUCAAGUGAAAGUGGAAAUUGAUACCGAAUUACAUCCUUAAUAGAAAAGACUUCUGCAAAACAUAGAAGACAUUACCUGAUCUCAGAUGAUAGUGGCAUCUUGAAAAAGAUCUCAGUGGAGAAUUGUGCUGCUUGGACAGACUGAUACAGGAGAAGGUGGUCAUUAAACCUGAAUCCUGACAGGGCAGAGGCCUGUUCAGCAGUAAGAUGUGCAGUCUAUUCUAGAUGGGGUUGCAUUCCCCCUGAAAGGGUUGAAGACUUUGGGUGACAAAUCAAGAGAAACCAAAAUAAGCAAGCAAAGGAGUGUUCAAUGUUUGCCAGAGUUUUCUGCUGGAUUAGUUCUGCUAAGCAGGUAUGAAGAUACAUGGGCAGCUCUUCACAGAGCAGCAAAAGAAUGUGCCAGAGCUGGAGAGCUGGUGGAUAGUGAAGUUGUGAUGCUUUCUGCCCACUGGGAGAAGAAGAGAAGUAGUCUCCUAGACCUUCAGGAACAACUCCAGCAAAUUCCAGUAUUUUUAGCAGAUUUGGAAUCCACAACAGCCAGCCUGAUGCAAUUGGAAGAAAGCUUUAAGGAAAUGGAGAAUCAUUUGCUAUAUCUUGAGGAUCUCUGUGGACAGUGUGAAUUGGAAAGAUAUAAACAUAUGCAAGUACUACAGCUGGAAAAUUACAAGAAGGCUAAACGGAAAGAACUUGAAAUCUUCAAAGCUGAACUCGAUGCAGGGCAUGCUCAGAAGGUGCUAGAUAUGGAGCAUAACCAGCAAAUGAAGCUGAAGGAGCGGCAGAAAUUCUUUGAAGAAGCUUUCCAGCAGGACAUGGAACAGUAUCUCUCCACAGGGUAUCUGCAAAUAGCAGAAAGACGAGAGCCAAUAGGAAGUAUGUCUUCUAUGGAAGUGAAUGUGGACAUGUUGGAACAAAUGGACCUCGUAGAUAUGUCUGACCAAGAAGCCUUAGAUGUCUUCCUUAAUUCAGGAGGAGAGGACAGUACAAUGCCAUCUCCUAUGAUAGGAUCAGACUACGCCUGUCAAAAUGAAAUCAGUCUUCAAGUUCCCUCUCAGUCAGAGUUGAGAGAGAAAUUGUGUUCCACAGUAUCAGUCUGGACUGAUUCUGCUAGCCAAGAUGCCAGUGAAGGGGAGUCUCCUGUGAUUCAAUCAGAUGAAGAAGAAGUACAAGUGGACACAGCUCUUGUUGCUGUAAAUACAGAAAUGAAAGGUGCUACUGAUGUUAGUGACGAGAGUGAUUCACAAACCAUUUGAGUCAUAAACACCUUGUUCCAUAUGAAUUAGGACCCUGGAAUGAAUGAGUAAAGAAAUGAUUGUGUUCGCCUGUUGUUAAUAUGAACUAUCAUGAAUGAGAAUUACAUAUACAGUAUUUGAGUUUGACAGUCAUAUGAAAUACCAGUUUUUAUAAUAUAAUAUAUAUAAGCACAGCAUUUAGCAAUAAAGCCUUGGCUUUUGAACAGUAAACUUUGUAUAUAGAGGAUAAUCCAAAGAAGUAGUUAUGAAAAGGUUUAUUUUGCAAUCCUCAAUAGGACCAUAAUACAGAAGCCAUCUUUGCUGUUUGUGGUUGCAGUGUUGAUGUCUUCAUUGUUGUACUAAAGACUGAUAAAACCUGGGGAUUAUGCUUUGUUCAAGCAACAGAAUACCUGCUUCUAGUGUUCUGCCCACCUUCAGGGUAUGUGUAAAAAUAAAAAUCUGAGCAGUUGGGCAAGAAUCAGGUAGUGUAUUGGCCCUGUCCAGGUCUUACUGAAGCAAUACAGUUAUAUGCCUAUAAAAAGAACAAUGUGACUAUGUUGGAAGAUUAAUUAUAAUGUACCAAGACCACCAA